UAAAAUUGAAACCUCUUAUGAAGUAGAAAGAAAAGGAUGAAAUGGAAGGUUUUCUUUUAUCAGCAGUUGACUUGACCUUGCUGGGUUUCUUCUAACUGCACCUUCUUUCUCUCUCACAAAUCCUUUUCUUUCUUUUUUAUUCCCCCUCAAAUUCUUGUUGAAGAGCUCAUGAAUCCGGAGCUGGAGAUUUUGACAGCAUUGUUUGCAAUUUUGUGCUUCUUGGGGUUUAUUCUGAAGGAGUCAGUCAUGGGAGGGAAGAGUUCAAGAGAGUGUGUUGGUGGUGAUCGGAGACAUGUUUCUUCAUCAUAUGGUGGUGGUGGUGGUUCUUCAUCUUCAUGGGAUAACUAUGGAGGGUACCCUAAUCAGAGUCCAUAUCAAACACCUCAACACCACCAUGCAUCAGCUCCAUAUUAUGACUAUGCUUCUUCACAACCAAAGAGAAAGCUUGAUAGGAGAUAUUCAAGGAUUAAUGAUGAUUACCGUUCACAUGAUGAGGUUACUGCUGCUCUUGCAAAUGCUGGCCUGGAAUCUUCUAAUCUCAUUGUUGGCAUUGAUUUCACAAAGAGCAAUGAGUGGACAGGGAAGCGGUCAUUCAAUCGAAAAUGUUUGCAUCACAUUGGAAAUGGUUAUAAUCCCUAUGAACAAGCUAUCUCGAUUAUCGGGAAAACUUUAUCCGUUUUCGACGAAGAUAACUUGAUUCCUUGUUAUGGAUUUGGAGAUGCAUCGACGCAUGAUCAAGAUGUAUUUAGUUUCCAUUCAGACGAGAGGUUCUGCAAUGGAUUUGAGGAAGUUUUGGCACGAUACAGACAAAUUGUUCCGCGCCUCAAACUUGCAGGUCCUACUUCAUUUGCCCCAAUUAUCGAGAUGGCGAUAACUAUUGUUGAGCAAAGUGGUGGCCAGUAUCAUGUCUUGCUGAUAAUUGCAGAUGGACAGGUGACCAGAAGUAUUGACACCAAGCAUGGACACUUGAGUCCACAAGAACAGAAGACAAUAGAUGCCAUUGUAAAAGCCAGCGAGUAUCCACUCUCAAUAGUUUUGGUCGGAGUUGGAGAUGGACCUUGGGAUAUGAUGAGGGAAUUCGAUGAUAACAUCCCUACUAGAUCAUUCGACAAUUUUCAGUUUGUGAAUUUUACCGAAAUAAUGUCGAGGAGUGCGGAUCCGACCAAAAGAGAGGCAGACUUUGCUCUGGCAGCUUUGAUGGAGAUACCUUCUCAAUAUAAGGCAACCCUGGAACUUGGCAUCUUAGGUUCAAGGAGGGGACAUUCACCAGACAGGGUUCCUCUACCCCCACCUCUUUAUGAAAGGAAUCCAUCUAGCCUUAGCACGAGAUCUUAUCGGCCGGACAGUUUUCAGCAGAAUACGCCUAUGCAUACUGGCUAUGAUAAUAGAGUUAACGCAGAACAAUCUUCAAGUCCUCUAUAUGAUAACAAGGUUUGUCCAAUUUGUCUCACCAAUGCAAAGGAUAUGGCUUUUGGUUGCGGGCAUCAGACUUGUUGCGAAUGCGGUGUAAACCUCGAAUUCUGCCCCAUUUGCCGGAGCACAAUCCAAACCAGGAUAAGGCUUUACUAGUUAUUUACUUGCUAAUUUGUUCUGUUGCAUGAUAAAAGUUGGUCAUAAAAAGGAACUCAGAAACAAGUGUUGUUUUGAAACAGUAAACCAUAGAAUUAUAGAUUCAUGGAUGGGUUCCUUGUUGUUUUGAGAGAGGGAGAGAGAUGUAAAGAAUUGUUGUGAAUGUUGAUGGGUAGGUUACUUCUUGUACAUAAAAUACCGUAUUUGCAAUUUUGAGCCAAAAAACUGUAGAAAGGAUGGAACUUACCCCCUUGUCUAUAAAUAAAGAGAAAUAAUGUUGUACCA